CGAGGAGGAUGCGGAGGUGAUCGAACUCCUCUCCUCUCCCUCUCGCCUCCUCGAUGGGAUUCGCGAGACCCUUCGUCUCCCUCCUCCUCUUCCUCCUCGUCCUCUCCCCCUCCAAUCCCUUCCUCAUCGUCGCCGUUUCCGCCGAUCAGAUCUUCACAUCGUCUUCGGGUGUGGCAUUUGGGCGGAGUUCUCGUGAACCAAAAUAUGAUAUAGAAUUUCAUUCGACAGAUUCACCCUUUCAUCCCAAAUUGCAGGAGAAUGGCCAGGAAUCCGUGGUAAUGACUAAUAAAGAGGGCCAAAAUUACAUGUGUUUCUUACCAAAGGAAGAGGAAACCAAAACGGUAAGGUCUAUUAUCCAACAGAAUUCAAGCAAUGUUAUUGUAGAAAGUGACCGAAGGAUCAAGUUGAAGACACCAGAUGAAUUGCUUGAUGUUCUGAAGGAUCAAUGCUUCUAUAGACACGAAGGUUGGUGGUCUUAUGAAUUCUGUUAUCACCGAAAAAUAAGGCAAAUUCAUUUGGAGGAUAAUGAGGUUGUUCAAGAAUUCGUGUUGGGCGAAUUCGACCCUGAUGGAACAGCUGCUCACAACCAGAAAGAUUCUGAUGCCUUUAUGCUUAAAGAUCCUCGCUCCAGAGAUGCCUCUCAAAGGUAUCAUGCACAUCAGUAUACAAAUGGAACCACUUGUGACCUCACAGAUCAACCUAGGGAAACUGAGGUUAGAUUUGUUUGCGCGGAAUCCCCUGUAAUAAUUAGUUCAAUUAAGGAGAUUUCUUCUUGCAAAUAUGUCGUCACAGUGCAAAGCCCGAUGCUCUGCAAGCACCCAAUGUAUCAGCAAGAAAGGCCGACGAGGCUCAUUCACUGCAACCAGUUGCCUGCGGACGCUAAAGACUCGGUCGAGAACAGCCCUAAAGUAACCCAAAUUACACUAGCUACCGAGGAAUCUGAAAGCUAUGCUACAUGAUUUCAAACUUUUCUGUUUUUCUCCUUCGAUGACCAAAUGCUUAGAUACAAUCACAUAGAUAGUAACUAUAGAUAUAAAAUCAAUGUUGUAUCUAACAAUUUUCACCAGUAUAUUAAACUUACCUUUGAUUGAUCAUUCCUGCCUGACGAA